GUAUAGCCAGUCACCGGCGGACGCACUCGCACACACGACCGGCGGGGAGGCGCACGCCCGCGCCCAUACACACACGCACACACCCAGACAGUCCGGCGAUUGCACUCACACACGUAUAAACGCGCGCGCGAAAGCUCAUACGGCAGUGCCUUCUCGUCGUCGUCGUCAUCGUCGUCGUCGUCGCCGCCGCCGCCGCCGCCGCCCAAAAACUGUUCGUCCUGUCCUCGUCGCAUAUUAUAUAAUAUCGUGUACACGAUACGUUUACAGUACUGCUGCGACCGUAACCCAGGGGCGCGCGCGCAGCCUGUGUAGGAGUGGAACACGUCGCGAGCAAAGGAGAGAACACCGCAGAUAUCAACGACUCUCGUCUCGUCAGCCGCGGCCGACAACGCUGCCGUCCCAGCAUCGCAAACGUUAGCUGUCUUGGACCGUUCUUUCCCCCCGCAGUAGUGCCUGUACGCUGUUCAGUGUCCGCUGGACGCACGAGACGCACGGCGUUCACACGACCAAAGUACUGCAGCACAGCAGCGGCCUUCGUCGAGUUCCGAUCGCUCACCGGGCAACGAAAUGUGAGUACCGCCGAUGCACGUCUAUAAUAUUAUUAUACCUAAUCGAUGAAAAUCGAUUUCAUGAUCAUCGUUACGAAUCGCUCUGUGCUAUAACAUAAUGCGUGCAUGACGAUGCGACCAUAUUUUUACUAUAUAACGGCAUGAUAGUGACGCCGUUCAUUCGAACCGCUCGUGCCAAAAACGCCCUUAUGUACGGUUAGCGCGGCGGAAAGUGUACCAUACUCCGACCCCUCCCGUUCCGACCCGUCCAACAUCGACCACCAUCCUUCGCCGGCCCCCCCCGCCCGGCGGUAUCGCGCGACGAUUCUCGUUCCCGGCGGCCCGCGCCCGUCCGACACCACGCGUACCUGUGCACAAUAUACUUAAUCUCCGCGCCGCACGACUCGCGUAAAAUCGUAUAUUAUAUUAUUAUCGCGGACAAACGACGCGGUUUUUCCGGACGACUCGUCGUCUCGCGUAUCGGGCCCACGCGAGUUUUCUUCCGCGUAUUUCCCGCCCCGCGGCCGGUCCCCGCCGUUUUCACCAUCGAUUUAUCAGCAGGGAGGCGGUGGCGGCGACGACGACGGCGUCGUGCGUAUAGGUCAACCGUGUUCCGCCGUCGUCGACUGCGUGCACCACAAUACCCGUACCGAGACUACCCCGUGGGGACGGAUUGAAGUCAAUAAAAAAUCCGUCGCGAAUUGCAACAAAUGUAAUUAUUAUAUUAUAUUGAAUACGGCGCCUUAUACAGACAGCAAAAAAAAAAAAAUACCCAAUCGAUUUUAUUCGCUGUAAAACGGUGUCGCGUGAAAAAUUCGAGCGGGGGAAAUUAGAAUUUCGUCGUCAUAUUGUUAUAGACAAGAUUUUAACUUUUAACUCGGUCGGAUUGGCCGGGUUGGCCGGAUCGUAUGCACUUUUUACCCACGCACAAUGUUUCAUAUUUGAUAAUUUUAUUUUUGCGUCUUUUUUUAUUAUUUUUUAUAUCCACUUCAGGUCGGCGGCAGGCACGUUUUUCAGAAAUCCUGCACGUCGCCUCUGGUGUUUGUCGUAUGAUAAGUAAGGAUGGGCCCAGUGGUUAAAGUGGGCGGGGGUAGGACGUAAAGAUGGAGGGCUCUAGUCUUCGGAGUCCGGGAUGACGGUUUAUUUAUUGUCACCGAGAUAUUUUCAAUGCAAUUUUAAAAACUCUGACUAGUUUUAUUACGAAAAAUACAUUUUUUAAUAUCUAUCGGAUUAUGCAUACAAUCAGACUUUUUAGAGGGGUGGGGUCGGUGCAGUUUAUCUGUGAGCCUUACUAGCAUAACAUUAUAGUGAACGAAUAUGUGUGGAAGAAAAACGUUUUGAAAGUCUUUUACCCGUGUGGGUUUACUGAUGUAAGUUCGGUUGCGUUAUGUCAGUUCGCGGGAACGCCCCUAAGUUUUGGUAAAUACAGUUCUCCCUCGAAGUUUUUUCCACUUUAAUCACCGCUACCGAUAUAAAACCGAUUGAAAUUAAUAACCGAUUUAUUGUUAUUAUUUUUUUUUUUAAUAAGAUUUCAUAGACGUUUCUCCAAAAAUAUUUCGGCAAUAAGUGAUAAUUAGGUGCACAUGUUAAAUCGGUUAGAUUGUAUCGUAAAUAUAUAUAUAUUUUUUUUAUCUCUAUUCCUUUAUUCUAUUUAAAUGUUUUUAAUUUCGGAGGUUUCGGUAAUUGAUUUACUAUCCGUGGAACAUUUUUAUUUCCGCCCGACCCUCGGGCGUUUCAGAUUUUAUUUCACUCGAGAACACUCCGAUUGAAGUUACGAAACUGCGCCGGGUUUUACAAAGAUUUUACAAGUUCAUUUUUAACGAAUUCGACACGGCGUGCCUGUAUUCGAUCCCGAUCUCGACGACCUAAAAAUCACCCGAAACGUUAUAUCGGUCAGACGAACUUUGUACACGCGCACCUAUAUAAUGUCGUAAAUAAAUAUGCUGGCGUACGGUGAACUAAAUAAUAUUUCGAGGCGGCGUUGAGUGUGGGCGCGGGCGCACGCGUGCGCCUGUGUUCGUUUAUAAUAUUUAGGCGUACGCUGUACAAAAUACGCAUAUAGGUACCCCGGAAGUGAUUGAUAAAAAGAAAAAAAAAACCGUUUAAAUUUACGUGGCGCCGCACGAACGGGCAAAAAAUAUAUAGGCCAAACGUGGUUGAAGUACCUGCAUUACCGCACAGGAAGUCGAGCGAAUCGAACGCGAGGGUCCGGGCCGAACUUUAUGCGAUGUUAUACCGGCACUUUAGUAUAGCGUAUAGACAUGAUUUUGAAUAGGGGGGGGGGCGGUAGACUAAAUACGUUCCGCUUGAAUCCUUGGCGGGUUCGGGGUACAACCCUCCUCGCCCACAACAAAUUUAUAAAAAGCGUUUUCGUCAAUGUAAUAAUUUAGACAUAAAUCGACAAAAAAAAAGAAAAAGAAAAGAAGGUUAAUAAUAAUUAUGAAAUGAACUUGUAAUGUAUAUAUAUAUUACAAUUAUUACAUAUAACGUCUUGUCAUAUUAUAUUGUAACUAUAUUUAUUACACCCACAUGCGGCUGCAUCCUCCUAGGAAAAUUUUGUGCGAGUAAUUCUAAAAGACUUGUUUUUUAUUUAUAUUAACUAUCGUGUACCCACGGUUAAUCUAUUUUCCAACAUUUUAAAUUCUUAUUUUAAACAAUUAAGUUCACUCAGGAGUGGAAGAAAUAACUGUAAACAUAAUCAAUACUCAGACCGUAAAAUACCAUACAUAGGUACAUAACCUGCACCGUCUCCUUAGCUUCCUCCUUUGGUCACGUCACUGUGGCACCCGGUAUAGGGAAUAUUUUAUUCAUUAUCUGUUAGUAAUAUUGUUGGUGUUAAUAUGCAUCGGUUUGACGAUAAAAAUGAGAAUAAAUCUAAGACUGUGUGCUUUUUUUUACAGGGCCGAUGGAACGGGCGCUGGACUUACCGCUGGAGAUGACACUGUGGUCGGAGGGCCCAAGACACCACAGCAAAUCGCGGCGCAAAAGCGACUGCAGCAAACACAAGCCCAAGUCGACGAGGUACGUUUGCGAAUACCCGGAAACGGACACAAACGAUGAUUCGUUUGUAAUUUGUAUUAUUAUUAUUUUUUUAACGUAACGUUGUCGGACGUUCGUUUUUGUUAGGUGGUGGACAUCAUGAAGACAAACGUAAUGAAGGUGCUGGACAGGGAUCAAAAACUGUCCGAACUGGAUGAUAGAGCAGGUUAAACUAGUUUUUAUAAUAAUUAUAGUACAUAUACGCAUUAUAUCUAUGUAUUAAUAUUACUUUUUGUUUUGAUUUUCUGGUUCAUAUAUAGACGCUUUACAGCAAGGUGCAUCGCAAUUUGAACAACAGGCUGGAAAACUGAAGAGAAAAUUUUGGCUACAAAAUUUAAAGGUAUGUACGUGCUAUUAAAUUUAAUCAUGAUUACUGAUAUGGAUAACACUUGUUUAAAUGCUUAUUGUUCAAAUCGAUAACUCGAUGGGAACAAUAACUAUUGGUUUAUGAGAGUAAAGUUGGGUUCACAAUUAAAGAUUUGUUCGUUGUUUUUUUUUUAUGAGAGAUUCAGUAAUGAUCGAAUAAAAUAUAAUCUCAUAUUCUCGGAUUAAAAAUACUUCCUCCCAUAUUAACGGAUCUAUUAUUAUUAUUUUUAACAAAUAAAAUGAGCAGAUACGUAGGUAUACUGUUAUUUUAUGAUAUUUGUUUUUAAUUAUGCGCAAUUAUUGAGUAAACAAUAUUUUAUACAAUUAUGUGACUAGAAAGACACAGAUUCAUAAUAUAAUAAUUAUUAUAAUUCUAUAAUACUAGGUAUAAACCAGUAUAAUUUAUAUUCAAACGUUAAUAUAAAACUAUGAAUUUUGACUUAAAAUAUUAAAAAACUGACCUAAUUUGUAUAAGUAUUCAUUUUAUAACGAGACACUAAUCUAUGUGUUUUUAAACUCGAUUAUCAAUGAAAUUCGACGAAUAUUAUAACAAUUUAAUACGCUAUACAGAAAAUAGAAUAUUUUUAAAAGGCAUUAGAACAUUCUCGUUCUAUAUUAAUAUUGAUUUUUAUUUGUGACAUUUACGAGGUAUGCCUACUUACAUAGACAUUACGGUUUAGAUAAUGUUAAAGAUAAAUAAAAUGUAUUAUAUGUUGCUUGCUCGGUAAACGAAGAUAAAGAAUUAUUGGUGUGGACUAGACGUGUUUAACAGGAUGUAGCCAAAUUAAAAAAUUAAAUUAAAUAAUAAUAACUGAUGCGAUGAUACUUUAGUACAUAUCUACCUCACCGCUUAACUAAGUUUAAGUCAAAUUGUUUUUAUAUUUUAUAUUUGUUUAAUAUGCCAGUUUAAUAAGCAAUAAAAAUGCUCGAAUAUAUUGAUUUGUACCUGUUAAGAAAGAGACUCUGCGUUAAAAUACAGAGUAGUCUUAAGUACAUAAUAUUAGUACUCAUAUCCAGUCAUAGAUGAGGGGAUGUGACGAUAGCGUUAUGUCUAUAUCAGCGUUUCCCAACCUGGGGUUAAUUACCCCCCAAGGGGUAAAACACAAUUUUUUGAGGAGUAAAGACUACCUAACCUAAAUAAUUAUUUUUUAAUUUAUGUACUUUAUACCUAUAUUAUUAUUAACUCUGCAUCAUUCAUGUGUACUACGAUUGCAAUUGUUUUUUUUCUUUUGUUGAGAGAGGCAUUUAUUAAUUUCUAACCUGAUUUAUGAGUAAUAGUUUUAAAAAGAUUGGGAACCACUAGUCUAUAUCCAUACCUAAAGAACGUAUUGUAGAUUAAUAUAAUAUUUACUUAAUAGUUGUUCCGUCAAACUGUAAACAAAUAAUUAAAAUAUGAAUCAUCAUAAUUUCUUAUCGACAGAAUUUUAUGGUCUUUCUACUUAAAAAUAAAAACAUUGUCUGUAUUUAUUCAGUUAAAUAAGGCAUAUUAUUGUAUGUGCCAUGGAAAAACAAAACUUUAUAACAGUAUAAUAAUUAAAACACACAUAGUAUAAUAUAUUGUAAUAUUAUACAUUUAUACGUAUGAAGUAACAAAAAUAGGUAUAUAUAUAUAUAUCUAUGUCUAAGUGAUACCGAACACGGAGUUCAGGUCUAUUCAAGACCACAUCAUUCUUUGGGGAUGGUGUGGCGGUGAUGGUGGUAGAUGAUAUAUUUUGCAAUUUGUUAGUGCACAAUAAAAUAUUUCAUUAUACUGCUCGUACGCAGUUACAUAAGUUCAAAAUAGUAUACAAUCAUGAUUCGUUUUCUGAGCUGAGCAUAGGAUUUUAUAGCACUCGAAAAUUAAUUUAUAUGGAUAAAAUUUAUGAAAUAAUUAAAACUGAAAAAUGUUCAAUAGACGUUCGGAUAAAUGUAAAUCGGGGAACAGGUAUGCUUAUAGCCAAAUAGGUGGUAGUGAUUACAAUACGACUACAAUAUUUACUUAGACCAUUUCAAAACUGACUCGACGCUACUGCUAUUGUUGAUUAUUAUACCAUUUAUAUGUUUGUAAUAUUAAAGCAUAACUUAACGAAUUUUUCCAUUGAUAAAUAUAUGACACAUUACAAAUUAUAUAACAAUUUAUAAAUUAAAAUAAUAUAGUAUAGGCAGCUACAAUGUUACAGUUGUCAAUUUCUUAUGCAUUUCUGCAUAUCAUUAAUUACGUUUUUGAUAAAUUUGAAACAGGUAAAUUUAUUUUCCAGUUAAUAAUGAUUUGUCAUUCGUAUUUAUUUGUUGGUCCUAAAUAAAAGACACAUUUUGCUGCGUGUUUAUGUGGCCAUAAAAUAUAACGUUACCCAAAAUAAAUAUGAAAAAUAAUACUAUUAUUAUUCGUCCAAAUCCAUUCGCAAAUAAUAAUAUGCAUAUUGCACAUGCAUUGUACUACAAAUUAUAUGUGGACUCCUUUUUAAUUGCAUUACAUAAUAUUAUACUAUAGUAGUAAUUAUGAAUUAGAUGUAAUGUGUAUAAUAGUUAUCUAAUUAUGUUGUUAAAUAUUAUUUAAAAUACGUUUUAAUUUUUUAAUUUCAGAUGAUGAUCAUAAUGGGAGUAAUCGGUCUUGUAAUAUUAGCCAUUAUAGUUGGUAAGUUCCAAUAAAAAAACUCUUUGAUGGCUUAAAAAAUGUAAAAGAUAUCGGGAAGUCAAACAAAUUUACCUAUUCACGAAAAAUAAUUGUUUAAAAACGAAUACAAUAUAAUAUACAAUAGAGUUUAAUUAAGCAUUCCUCAAGUUUCAAUUAUAUACGAUAUAUAUACAACGUUAUCAGUUAGAAAUACACAAAAUUAACAAAUUAAUAUUGUUUUUAAAGCUUAUUUUUUUAUUCAAAGUUCAACUUUAAUUUAUCCCUAAUAACUUUAUAAACAUAAAAUUAUGUACUAUCUCUCUCUCUCUCUAUAUAUAUUUAUAUAUAUGAAUGAUUUUUUUUUUUAGUAUUUAUUAAUUUAUCAAUAUAUAUGUAUAUAUAUAUAUAUAUAUAUAUAUAUAAUAUAUAUAUGUAUAUACAUAUUAUAUUAUGUAUGUAUUAUAUAUAAAUAAUUGAUGUGUUCAGCUUAUAAAAAUAUUGUUGUCUAGCUGAAAUUUUAGGACAUUCGUAUUGUACUAUAUAAAGUCGAAUAUCAAUAAUAUUUCCUAAAUAUUACUCGUUUAUAUUAUAUUGUUUGAAUAAUACAGUAUUAUCCAUUAUUAGAAUAAUUUGUUUAGGUAAAAAGUUAACGAAAUAAAACAUAAUUUUAUUGUGCUAUUAUUAAUGAUGUGUCUUGUAUAUUUGGCGUUGUAUUUUUUUUAAAAUUUUUUUUUUUUUUUUUUGACUAUGCGUGCGGCUACAACACGAUUGAGCAAAAUUUGCGCAAUCGUGUAUACUUAAAUAGCCAUCGAAAUACAUACACGACUGCGCAAAUUUCUCAUAUAUAUACACGAUUGCGAAAGAUUUUAAAUGCAACGUAUCCAUAACGUACUAGUUAUACAACCCCAGUGUACGACAUAAAAACAGUUAAUGAAAUAGAUGAUUAUUUUUACAUUUUUCAAGAUGAUAACCAUAGUUAUAAACAUUGUUAAUAAUUUGUUGUUGCUAAAUUGUGAUUUUUACACAAAACGCGGUUUGUAAUAUAUUUAUUUACACAUGGCAACAUAUCAUUUAAGAUCUUGCGCAAUCGUGUAUGUAUUUCGAUGGCUAUUAAAAUAUACACGAUUGCGCAAAUUUUGCUCAAUCGUUCACCUCUGAUGCGUGUAUACACCCACGCAAUAAAAAACACUAUCUAUACAAUAUUAUGAUAAACCAGAGAAAGAUAUCGUCUACCGAAAUUGUGGAACAUAUAUUUUUUUUCUUUGAAAAAAAAAAAAAACACUUACAUACAUAAUACUAUAAUACAUUAUAUUAUACUCGUACAUUUUUUGUACAAACAUAAUAAUACACAACGGAUAAUCAUGCUUUUUUUUGUGCGCUUUAUGUUUUUGUGUGCCGUUUAUUUUCGUUUCAUUCCGAUCAUAUUAUAUUAUGACGCGUGUCUUAUGCAUUUUGUUUCGACAAUCGUUGAUACCUACUUAUAAAUUACCUACUUGCAACAUAAUUCUUGUUGAAACAAUCUAACUCGAACACUCUAUUCUUUUCGGUAUGUAAUUUUAUUUCAAUAGGUAAUUUUUAUUUUUUAUUUUUUAAUUAAUAAUAUUAUAUUACUUACUUUUUUUUUUUUAUUUCUUUUUGCACUAUAUUAUAUAUCUAUUGCUGUAUAUCACAAACAUUAAUUUUUUUCUUAACAUAACAUCUGUAAUACGAAUUAGAAAAUGAAAAAUAUUUGAAAAUAGUAUCCUAUUAUUAUUUCUGUCCGUCCAUUAUAUUCAGUAGUUUGGCUUAUCACCAGCAAUACAUUAUAACCGUAACUGAGAAUAUUAAAUUAGUUUUUAAAGAAAAUAGAAAUUCAUUUAGGUAACACAAAUAUCAAUUCAUUAAACUUUAUUCAUUAAUAUUGCCUUUCAGUUUUUUUUUAAACAUUAGUAACGCAUUUUAAAUACCUACUUUAGUUUAAUAUUAUUUGCAUGGCUUAUGAAUAUUUUGUGUACACCAACUACAAAAACAGCACAAUAUAACAUUUUAUUUGACAUUAAAUCGACAAACCAACCAAUAACAUUUACAACGUAACCUGCUAUUAGAGAAAUUUCGAAUUGGUUUUUUCUUUUUAUUAGUCGAAAAGUUAAUACUGAUGAUUUUAUACAUUUAUUGUAUAACAUAACAUAACAUAACAUAUUGUAAACAACUUACUAUUUAAGUUAUCGACACUAAAGUAUGUAAUAAAAUUGAAUAUGUAUUUAAAUAUAAUGUAUAGGUAUCUAGGUAUGAUCUCAUCAUCAUUAAUACUUACAGUUAAUAGCUAUAUACAAUUUAAAGAAAAAAACAAAGUUUUAGGGAACUUAUUUCCAUAACAAUUUUACGAUUUUUGACUAUUUAAAUUUUAAAAUAUCUGGUGAACUUAUUUUUAUUCGGUCAUUGGAUAUUAAAAAAACGAAAAACAGUUCUGUGCGAAAUUCGGUUAAACAUGUUUUAAAUACUUUGCCUCCACAGUCAUGUCCAUGUUUUUUCUUCAAUUUAUCAAGUUUAUACUAACCGUCAUGCUAAAUAUUAUAAUUGCACGUAUAACCAAUAUGUAAUGCGAUACAAUAAUCAAUUUAUUCAUUGGAUAAAUUUAAAAUAAUUAUCAGUAAUAUUUUAAUAAAUUACUUGAAUAAUAAUAAAAAACUACCAAUGCAUCAAUUUAGUGAUAAAUUUGUUUGUAAAACUAAUUGAAAAAUUUGGGGUGCUUUCCGCUAUAUUAAGCACUGCUAAUCGUGUCUUUGACCGUUAUAUUUAUGUUAAAUUACACCAAAUAACUUUCACGUACAGGUUUUGUUAAGGAAUUUAAGUAAUCUUAUCUUCGUGCCGUUAUUAUGAUUACCCAUGUUAUACAUUCGGAUAAUUAACACAUUUUCGAAGAAAAAAAAAAAGAAAGAUUGCUGGUAGUUAUUACGUAACGAUAUGUAUGUAAUAAAAUUAUUGUUUUUAGAGCAAAUUUUUUUAUUUUGACUAUUAUAUAGAUAUAGCAUUAUUUAAUUUUGUAUAGUUAUGCUGAGUUAUUAUUUUUUUAAAUCAAACAUUGUAUAAUAACACUGUGUUUUUAACAUUUUUUGCAGCUUGGUUUUCGGACGAUUAAAACAUAACAAAAUCCGAUUUCGAGCCUCCAUCACAUCAUCUAACAACUAUCAAAACGUGACUCUUUAAUUGAUAAAGAAACUAAAGGUGCAUAAAAAAAAAAAUUAUAUAUAAUAAUAAUAAUAAAUAACGCUUUGGAAAACUGCCCCUACCCAAAAAAGAAAAAAAAAACUAAUCGGUAAUGCUCGUUCAAAAUACUGGUUUUGUUAUACAAAUACAUAUAAUUAUGUAUAAUAGUUAUACUACUUAUAUACUUAUAUAAAUAUUACUAUAUUAUAUAUUCUGCAGGGUGAUAUUUUUUUUAUCAUGAACCAACCAUUUUCUUAGUCGAUCGUUUGUAUUUAUAGAUCUGUAUCUUUAUAAUUAUAACCGUUAUAUAUUUUUCAAAAAAAAAAAAAAUCAAAACAAUUUGUAUACUACUUAGUUUUAACUUUGUUGUUUCAGUUUUUUUUUUCUCAAUUUAAUAUCUUAUGAUAUUAAUUAUUUUCUGAAACUAUCGUUGCAUACUUAAAUAAUGAAUAUAAUAUGUUGCCAAAUAAUUUGUCGUUUUAAACUUUAGAAGUAGGAACAAAUUAAAAAAUUAUCGAUUUAAAAAGUGUAAAUAUAUUAUAACUGUAAUUAAUAACUUCGAUGUUAAAACAGUUAUAAGUACAAACAAUUCACUAAGAAUUUGGCUCGCUUUCAAGAUACAAAAAAAAAAAAAUCACAUUUAAGGCAUACAAUAUAAAAUCCGUAAGUCGUUUGUGAAUAUGACGUGGGUAUAUACAUCUGCAAUAUCAUAGAUUAAAAAUAUUUUUAUCUAUGUAGAUGUAUACUUUUUUAAACAUUGACAUUUAUAUACUGUUAGAUUGUUCACGACAAAUACAAAAUAAUAGCAUAUUAUACAUAACCUACCGGCUACCAAUAUUAUGACAAUAUCCUUUUGUAAAUAUCAUUCAAAACUAUUUUAUAUAAUGUAAAAUAUUAUGUUUAUAAUCGCAUCAUCAUAUUAUUAUAUUAUAGGACUAAAAAUUAUUAACCGAGUCUAUAUAUUUCUUCGUUAAUCGAAUUAUUUUAUUCGAAAUAAUCGUAUUCAAUCUUUCAUCGAGUCGUAAAAAUUGGGUAGGAAGUUAUUCUCGAAAACAUUAUUAUACCGACGCUAUAAUAAUAUUAUUAUUAUUAUUAUUAUUAUUAUUUUAUGUAUACGAAAACUAUAUAAUUUAUUGUUGUUGUUUUUUUUUUUUUUUUUUUUGUAUUAGAAGUACUGUUUGUAUACUCAUGAUUUUUUAUAAUAUCCGCUUACCUAUUUAAUUUUUGACAUUUUAUUAUGUAUCGGAGCGGGGGUAGGGUACAGUUAUAAGCGUAAUAUUUUCUAUACACAAAUGGCAAUACAAUAUGGCACAUUUGUUUUCAAAAUUUAAAAUGAUAUCAUCAUAUUAUUAUAUACGCGUUUAAUACCGUGGGUCUGGUAUUAAAAUAUUUUUUAUCGACGUUUCUCUAAAAUAUAAUGAGCUUUUCACUUAUCUAUACCGAAUCAAAGGGUCAGUGGAUUUAAAUUCCUAUUUACACCUACAGGUGCGUAUCUAAGAAGGUUUUCCGGAAGAUGAGGAGUUGACAGCUUUUUUCAUAAAUACCCUAGGGUCUAGGCUUUAUGACCCGUCAUACUUUUCUUUGAAAACACUAUUUCUUAGCAAUUUAAAAAGGGCUGCAACCCCCCCUUAUAAACACGCCCUGAUAUAUGAUAAUUUUCAAGCUACAUUACAAGUUAAACGGAUAACUAUUUAAGUUAUAAACAAGUUAUACGAUUAUGUUUCUUCAUCCUUCGCCUUUAUUCCACACGUGAGAACAGUGUUAUACUAUGCCACGCCAUGCCCAUAAUUACAUCAAUUAGGCACAUAUUAUUAAUUUCUCUAUCUACUCCUUCCUGCACAUAUCUUCAUAUCUCCUCUCUAAUGACCUCUAAUCAAUUUUUCUUUGGCCAGCUACUUCUCCGGCUUCCGUCUAUAUUUAACUCACCUAUGCUUUCGACUAUUUAAUCGUUUAAAAUGUCUAAAAUUUUAAAAAAUAUCCAUGACGAUUAUGGCUUUUGAGUAAAAAAAUGCUCUAUUGUUCAUUAGAGUUUACUAAAGUUUUAUAUAUUUAAAAUAUAAUAUAACAAACUCAAUAAUAUACUUACAUAAGUGCUAAUUUGGAUGAUUUAGGGAAAUUGAUUAGGGAAAACGUUAUAUACUAGACCCACAUAAUGUCAAAAAAUGACCUAAGUCGAUGAAACUACCUAUUAAUUGUUGUUCGAAUAUUUAAUUCAACGUUUUAAAUAGGAAAAUUAAAUGUACACAAUUACUCGGGUUCGUAAAGAUUGUAAAAUUCAUUACUCGUAUAGAUUACAAAAUAAAAAAUAAAAAACUAACUAAUUAACAAAUAUUCAAAAUCCUCGUAGAAACGUUUAAAAAAAAUAAAAAAAAACGUUAGACGCUAUCGAAUUUAAACUAUGAUAAAUAUAAUCAAUUUAAUCAAUAUAAUAUAUAUAUAUCAUAUAAACAUAACCAAUUAUUAAUUAUAUAAUAUAGUAUAUUAUAAAUCAUGUAGUAUAUAAAUUUCGAAUUUUCACAUUUAGUAUUUUGUAAAUGUAUUUAACACUAUAUGGUAUAGGGACUUCAAGGGACAUGUUUUACUCGUAUAACUGCAUUUGGGGCUUGUGACCGAUAAACGAAGUAGGUAUAACGGUCGUCCGUCAAUAUACGCAUAUAAUAUCGACUUGAAUCAUUUUUCGACAUUAUAACCGUAUAUUAAUUAUGUAAUUGUAAAAUGUAAACCUACGUUUCGGCCACACUAACAUUCGUAACGAGGAAGUCUGUUAUUAUUAUAAUAUUAAAGGUAUACAACGCGAUUUGUGCUUUCUCGUCUAUACUUUUCAUGAAUGCCUUUAUAUAAAUAAAUUGUUAUAACAAUAAUCAUAAAAAAUAUUAUGUAAGGGUAUAUUUUGUCUCCAGUGUUA